CUUCUGCAACACUUCAAGACAGAAGUCACAACCAUCAACACAAAACCAAAAGGAAAGUUUUUUGAGACUGAAGUUGUGUACAGUUAAUUGUUAUAACAACACGGCCCAGACUGAAAGUUCACCAUGGGGAGAGAAUGCCUUCCAUUCAUCUUUCUGAUGCUGCUUCCUGUGGCCUUGGUCUGGGCAAACCCCCCAACCCUCAACACCACCAGUGAUCUCAUAAACAUUGAGUUUGGCCACCGCUUCCCACGCCACGGCCUUCAUCUGCUCUAUUUUAUAGCUCAUGAACUGGUUGUAGAUGAUGACGAUGUCAUAAUACCAAACUUUGUGCCAGGCAGGGGAGACUGGGGCUUUUUUUCCUACAGUGAUUCUAAACGGGUGUUUCCACCACUGCUAGAUCAAAACCAACAGGGUUACUACUCAGUAGGGAAUCUGAAUUUACAAAUAUCUUACUCACUCCCCCACUUUGUCACCCAAAGCUAUCGCUUAGCCCUAGGUAGUGCAGAGAGAAACAGGGACAGAGUGGUGGUCAGAACGAGCCCCAAUAGGGAAUAUUUAGAGGCGGUUUAUAUUACACAGUGCUAUCCCCUUAAUGAUCCCCGUAGUAAUCAGUAUGACCCGCAAAACACCUGGCAAAUAAGCCCUGCCCUCCUUAGAGAGAUACGUAACUUGUCAGCCAAUCGGAAGGACAGCCUGUCUGUGUUUUUGUAUACCGCCAGCUAUGAUGUAAGUUCAAUAAACUUCAACAACUACUGCUACUACACUGGCCCAGACAUCAACAUAGAUCAGGUGGAAGAAACAUCAGGCCAACAGCCUCCCAUCGAUUACCCUGCUGUAAACAAAAGAGUUACCUUAAGUAACAGUUAUAACCAUGUUGAGUGCUUUGAAAUAUUGCUGGAGGUGAAAGCCACGGACAACGGGUAUGCUCGGAUCAGAUGGUCUAAUAUCCCUGACAGGUUGCUGGACAAGGGGGUCCAAGUGAAUGUCUGUAAAGAUGGAAGUUGUUUGACUUUACCUAUUGACAUGAGAAGCUAUGGAACCUACGACAGUGGUGAAUCCCUAAACAAAGGCCUGAGCCCCCGUCUACAGUUCAUACAAACCAAGUCCGAAAUGAUGUGUGGUCCUACCUAUGACGAUACAGACAGGAAGCUUCCUGUUGAUAUCAAGGGCUUUGAUGCCAGUCUGCAACUCUACACUAAAGACGGAUACGCCUGCGCUCGUCUGAUCAUCAAGAACACAUUCAUUGAUUGGAAGAACAAGUUCGGUAAUUCAUGGGUUGGAUUCUACAGCGAUCACAAUAAGUACAAUUACAAUUAUGACACCCAUCAAUGGGUUACAAAGUUCCAACCUGAAAGAGAGGCAGAAGAACAUGACAUGUAUGUAUCUUGUUCUAACAUGGCCAUCAGACCUGAGGCCCAGGCUCGAUUCUUCCUCCAUAAGGAAUAUGUAUCCAUUGCAAUGACGAUUCCCUGGGAACGCUAAAAACCUUUCUUGUCAUUUGAACUUCAUGGCCUUAUGAAUCAUUAAUCAUUUAAAAGGUGUGUGAAUAACUCUCUAUAGCUAAUGAAAAUAAAUAAAAACAUGCAAAAAUCCCAAAGGUAAAUUUCAAAUCCCCAAGUAAAUCUGUCUAUAUAAAUAAAUUCAUUCAGCCCUAAUCUAUCAAUUUCAAGUAACUGAAAAGAGAGAUAUGAUUUUGUUGGGCCAACAUUUGCCUCUAGCAGCGUGAUGCAUCUCCUUGACAUGUAGUGGAUCAGGCUGUGGAUUGUGACCUGUGGAAUGUUGUCCAGCUCCUCUUCAAUGGUGGUACAAAGUCACUGCAGAUUGAUGGGAACUGGAAGAUGCUGUGACACACGUCAUUCCAGAGGACGCCAGACAUGCCCAAUAUAAGAAGUGAACUGCACUGCUAUUUGGGGCAGAAAGCUGUUUCCACUAACUGUGUAAGAACAGGAUCAGGUCCAGUAAACACAUUGUCCAGUUUAAACACACUGACAUAUAUUCUUGGCUAUCCAAUGAAAAUGUUUCAUAUAUCACAACCUAUUGUAUCUUUUAUGCUAUUAAAAGCACAAACUAUAAAUGCUGAGCUUAUCUAUAAAACUGUAUGCAAAUGAUAUUCAAUUCAAUGUACAACUAAAAAGAUCAUACGAACUAUAUCUUGAUGCUGUGUACUCCAAGGCAACUGAUUUCAAAAUAAAAGAUGUUUCUACAGGGCUCCUGAAAAGUUUGUAAU